CGUUGCUCCUAUCUCACUGCAACUUUUUUCCGGCGAAAGAUUCCGCCAUUUCCGUCGCCGUUGCCAUUUCUGUCUGCAACUUUUUCCGGCGAAGAAUCCCGUCAUUUUCUGCGCCAUUGCCGUUUCAAACCCCAAGCUCGCCGGAAAACCCCGACACGACCGCCUCCGCUUCCCUCUUCCUUCAAAUCGCUCUCGAAGCUUCUUCUCCAAACUCCUUUUCCUCUUUUCCCCCUUAAAGUCUUCCUUUUUCAAGCUCUAUAUCCUCCAAAACCUAGUUUUUCUCUACUCUCCGUAGAUCUGCGAUUUUUCUCGUUUUUCCGUCGAUUUUCCAUCUCCAAUUUUCUAUCUUCAUUUCGAGAAGUCGAUUUCCUACAAUUUGUGAUGUUUCUUGCUUGAUUUCGGUUCUGAAAUGCCUUCAUUUUUUACAUGAAUUCUUUGACCUAGGGUUUCGUUUCGAAUCGAGAUUUUGGACUCUUGUAGCGUCAGAUCCCUUCCUUUCAGUAGCCCUUUUCAUGGCAUUCCGUUUGGAAACGUGAAUUCUCAGCUGCAUUCUUUCCAUCCAGGGUUUCGUUUUCAGCUCGCAAUCUCUCAUUCUCUUUCUCAGUCUGUCUUAGUGCUUAGAAGCAAUUCCCUCUCAUUACUAAGCUAUUCAUCAAUCUAGGGUUUCUCUUUUCCUGCUUCAGAAUCUAUGCUCUCGUUCUCCACUUCUUGAAUUCAAAUUCAAUGUUGGCCGUCGAUCAUUGUGGCCCACAGUAAAAGCUCAGCAUUUACCAGAAUUGGUCUAAAUCCGGCCCAAUCCUUGUUGAAUUUUCAAAUCCAAGGACUUGGCCGCUGUCGGUUUCAGGUUUCAACUUUCAAAAGACCUAAACCGAAGUAAUCUGAGAUUUUCCACUUUGAAUGUGAUUCACAUCCUACAGAAAUUCAAUGCUUUAGGUGUGAGGAUUUCUCUCUUGGCCGUUACACGUCAUAUCGUCAAUGUGAAAACCAUGAUUUUAGUGCCGGCUUUUCUCACGGGCCGAUACGGAUUACAAUAUCUUUUUCCAAGGCAUUCGGCGGAGCUUAAAAGGUAGAAACUGUUGCUGUGUUCGACAUUCACAUCUCUAAACAUCUGCAGAGAUGCUCGAAAGUGAGGUAUUUCGGCUCUGUUUGCCUCUUCUCCUCUGCAUUUUUCUUGGGUUUUUCUUCCUUCUCGUUAGCUCGCAAAUUGGCCUAGACUCUAAGCUCUCCGUCGUCCAAAAUGACUAUUGGGUCUCCCCAAAUGGGGACUUUGCAUUCGGUUUCUUCAACCGUUCUGAUCAGCCCAAUCAGUUCAGCGUCGGCAUCCGCUUCAAUUCGAUCAUGAUCCCUGUCCAUGAACAAACUGUGGUUUGGGUCGCUGGAGCUGAUGUUUCAGUUGGCUGCGAUUCGUUUCUCCAUUUUACAGCAGGUGGAGAUCUGGUUCUGUUUGAUUCGGUAAAGGGUGUCAUUGCCUGGACAAGCAACACCAGCCAUUUCUCUGUUGCUUCAGCUGCUCUUCUAGACAAUGGCAAUCUCGUCCUCUUGAACCAAGACAGGGUUGUAGUUUGGCAAAGCUUCUGGACUCCCUCCGACACACUUCUCCCCGGUCAGAACCUAUCUAUUUCCCAAACUCUCCGAGCUGCCAGCAGAAACGCUGUUUCGAGUUACUAUAGUCUAUCCAUGGAUAUUUCUGGCCAGUUGAAACUGAGUUGGGAAACCAAUGUCAGUUAUUGGGAGAGUGAAACUUCUUCUCUUCAUAUCAUCGGAGCCACAUUCACAAAAGAUGGAGUGCUUCAACUUCUCGACCAAAGAUUCAGACCAGUCUGGUCAAGAUUCGGAGAAGAUCACAACGAUUCAUCGGUGGAUUUUCGGUUUCUCAGGCUGGAUGUUGAUGGGAAUCUCCGAAUGUAUUCAUGGGUUGAAUCAUCAAAGUCAUGGAGGUUGGUAUGGCAAGCUGUGAAGAACCAGUGCAAUGUUUUCGCUACUUGUGGUCACUGUGGUGUGUGCGUCUUCACCCCUACAGGGACCUCGCUUUGCAAAUGUCUGUUUGGGUCUUCGACUGAUUUGAGUCCUAAUUGCCUGGCACCAUUCAAACCAAAGUGCACUUCUGGUUACACCAUGGUUGCUCGUGAGCACACGUUCUUAUAUGGAAUCUACCCGCCAAAUGACCUGAUCACCCGAACCAGUUCAAAACAGUGUAGGAACUCAUGCCUGCAAGACCCACUUUGCACUUCUGUGACAGUAGCCAAUGAUGGUACCGGUCGGUGUUUUACAAAAAAAACUUCCUUCAUUACUGGCUACGAAGAUCCCUCCCUAGCAUCAAUCUCUUACGUAAAGGUCUGUUUAGAUCCAGUUGCUGCAUUGCCCAACAAUUUUCCUGCAUCUUCCCCAUCUUCCCUGCAGUCACCUCUACUCAGACGAUCUCGUGGGUUUUGUGCACCUUGUCUUAUUCUAGCAGUCUCAGGCACGCUUGUCGCCUUCGUCACAAUUCAGAUUGGAAUUGGUCUUUGCUUCUUCAAAAGAAGAAAAGCCGUCAAGAAAACAACAACUUCGGCCUUCAUGGAUCCAAACUCAAGAGGCUUGAUUACAUUAUCCUACUCUGAUAUCAAGGAUCUGACUGGCAAUUUCAAGCACCCGCUUGGACCAAGGGUAUUCAAGGGCAUGCUUCCAAACAACCAGAUGGUUGCGGUCAAAGAUCUGAAGGGUAUAGACAGAGAAGUGACCAUGGAAGAGAAGCAGUUCAAAUGUGCAAUUUCAGUUAUAGGGAGCAUUCACCAUAAGAAUCUGCUGAAGCUGGAGGGCUACUGUUGUGAGUCUGACCACAGAUUUUUGGUUUAUGAGUAUGCGAAGCAUGGCUCUGUUGCCAAAUGGAUAGAGGAAGUUAAGCUCGGCAAGAGGUUAACAUGGAGAAAAAGGAUGGAGAUAUGUGUAGGGGUGGCAAGGGCAAUGGCCUACUUGCAUAUGGGCUGUAGGGAGUUUGUUAGCCAUGGGAAUUUGAAAUGGGCAAAUGUGGUUUUGGAUGAAUUGUUUGAGGCUAAGCUGACUGAGUUUGGGCUAGGGAGAGUAGGUGGUGGGUCUACCCAUGAGAGUGGGGCUGCUGAAAGGGACGUGGUGAGGUUCGGGGAGAUGGUGGUGAUGAUUGUGAGUGGGCGCGGAGGUGACAGGGAGCUCUGUAGUUGGGCCCAUGAGGAGUGGGCGGAUGGACGAGCAGAGAGGGUAUUAGAUGCAAGGGUUGAGGGCGGAGUGGAUGCAGACGAGUUGGAGCGGACGUUGAGAAUUGCAUUUUGGUGCUUGCAGGUUGAUGAACGGCUAAGGCCUUCAAUGGGUGAGGUGCUGAAGGUGUUAGAGGGCACUCUUACCGUUGACCCUCCACCACCACCGUUUACCCACCGGAGACCGCCUAAGGAACUGUUAUCUGAGUCGGAUUCAGAACCUAACCUCUAGAUGCUGCGGUUGGUUGAAGCGAUUUAAACCUUGAUGAUGGUUUUGGCAUGUCUGUUUUUUUUAGAGGACAUGGGCAUGUAGGUAAUUCUUGGAUGCUUUGUGGGGUGUUGCCUAAAGUUGGGUUUGAGUUGCUCUGGGCAGUGUUUGUUGUAGUUGUGAAUACUCUAACCAAAUGCCAUCUUUGUUCUUGCAGAUUUUAUUUUAUUUUUCCUUCUAAUUUUAGAUUUGGGGUUUGUUUUUGUUGUAAAGAGAGUGCAUAUUUCAGGGAGGUUAUGGUGUCGUUGUAAUUGUGAAUGCUCUAUAGCCAAUGCCAUCCUUGAUUCUUGCA